AUGAAAAUUUUCAGUACAAUACAAUCUGCGUUGUUAGCAGGAUAUUUUCUGAAACAGGGGAACUGCCUUGCGUCAAAUGGGAGCACUGCAUUGAUGGGAGAAGAGGAUAUGCAAACACCAUUCCCAGAGUGGCUAACAGAAUUUACUAACCUUACUCAAUGGCCUGGACUUGACCCACCUUAUAUUCCGCUAGAUUACAUAAAUCUUACUGAAGUACCAGAAUUAGAUAGAUACUAUCCUGGUCAGUGUCCUAAAAUUUCCAGAGAGCAAUGCUCAUUUGACUGCUAUAACUGUGUCGAUGUUGAUGAUGUUACUUCGUGUUUCAAACUUUCUCAAACAUUUGACGACGGUCCGGCCCCGGCGACGGAGGCAUUACUCAAGAAAUUGAGGCAAAGAACUACUUUCUUUGUUUUAGGAAUAAACACUGUUAACUAUCCAGAUAUAUAUGAGCAUAUUUUAGAGAGGGGGCAUUUAAUUGGUACACAUACGUGGUCGCAUGAAUUUUUGCCAAGCUUAUCAAACGAAGAAAUUGUAGCCCAGCUUGAAUGGUCAAUUUGGGCCAUGAAUGCCACAGGAAAACACUUUCCCAAAUAUUUUAGGCCCCCAUAUGGUGCCAUUGACAAUAGGGUUAGAGCUAUUGUUAAACAGUUUGGCUUGACAGUUGUCUUGUGGGACCUAGAUACAUUCGAUUGGAAAUUAAUCACCAAUGAUCAGUUCAGAACAGAGGAAGAAAUAUUCAAAGACAUCCAUACGUGGAAGGAACAACAAAAAGGUUUGAUUUUAGAGCAUGAUGGUGCACGAAGAACUGUUGACGUUGCUAUUAAAAUCAAUGAACUAAUUGGGAGUGACCAAUUGACCAUUGCGGAAUGUAUUGGUGAUACAGACUACAUCGAACGCUAUGACUAG